UAAUAGUUUUAUAAUUUUAUAUAUGAAGAGAAUAGUAAUGGAUGGGAAAAAAAGAUUGGAUAAAGAAAAAGAUGUUAUCAAAUCAUUUAAAAUUCCAGUUCCUUUCUGGAAUGGUCCGCAGUUUGUUACAUCAAAGCGAUUUUUGUGUAGUUUUUACAAAUAUUCCUUUCCAGACAAAAACUAUGUGCAACUCUCUAACAUAAGCGCUUUUCUAAAUGAAUUGUUUUCUGAACCAAUGCAGAUCAUUGAUCCCAACAUGGCUGCUACUUACAAAAAUAAUUACCUUUCGUUUUUGCAACAAAAAGAAGAAAACUUGUUUUCUAUGAAAACGAUAUACGAAACACUAAGAAUUGUAGAGUUUAACUUUUUGAAAAGAUAUCGUGGAAGAUCAAAAUACUCACUUGCUGAUGUUUUAAAGAUCUGGACAAACUAUACCUCAAGUACAAAGAUUGAUAUUAUGGAGAGCGAAGAAUUAGACGCAUUUGCAUUCGAUUUGAUGGGACAUUCUUUUCAGAAGUAUAAUCGUCAUCUUAUCAAACAACUUUCUAAAAGUCUUAUUUAUUUGGCUGGUUGCUGUAAAGAAGAUCAAAUUAAUUUUAAUGGUUUUGUAAAAUUGUUUAUUGAUGACAAAAUCCUUAAUACGACAUUUCCUGAAAGAGAAAAAAUACCACGCAUUGAUUUUGACAAUGGGUUUUCAUAUUAUGAUCAAUUUGGAAACGAUUCAGUAUCUCUGAAUGAUCUUGAUGAUCUUCUUAAAGAUGUUUUUCAACAACUUGGAUUGGAAGAAAGUUCUGAAGCUAUAAGUGCGAAUCGAAACGCAUUGCUCACUGUAAUCACUCCUGAUAAAGAUGGAAAAAUAAGAAGAGCUGACAUUGCACUUAUGUUAUCGCAUUAAAUUUAUGAAACGAGCUAAAUUUUAAUAAGCUGUAUUAUUAUAAUUAAUUUUUACGCAAUUAAUAGUCCAUAUUUUUCCAUACAUUUCCAAGUAAUUUAUUUAAUAUUAUUUAUGUAAUAUAAUAAACUUUAUGGCAGAUGUAAAUAUGUUUAUAUGUAUAUAAAAUUCCACUACUUUCAAAGAAAAAA